AUGAGUGCCAAUGUGGAAAAUAGCAUUUUUAAUCUAAGUAGUUUAAAGAGUUGUAAUAAAUCCUAUAUUAAAAAAACCAGAAAAGGGAAAAUAAGAAAAGUUUCUAACGAAAUCUAUGUUAGAAACGAGAUACUAUGCGGAGUAAACUUUUGUGAUUUAUGUUAUGGUAGUUAUCCAGAUGUAUGUAAAUCAAAAACUCGAAACAUUAUUUUCCCUAACUUUGAUAUACUUAAUAAUUAUGAUGACUUCAUUUUGGAAGAUGAAUCUCUAAGUCAUGUAAUAAUCCCCUAUUCGAUGCUUGAAUAUUUAAACGAGACCGAUAGGAUGUUUAUUAAUAAAUUAAGAAACAAAAUUAAGAACUUGAAGGAGCUACCUAUACUCAGAGAAGAAUUAGAACUGUUUAAUGAAAAUAAAUCUAUUGACUACUAUUCUAACCAGUAUAUUCGAUUUCCAGACACACAGUUUACAGAAACAUAUAUAGAUGAGUCGAUUGUAAAGUUUAACUUGAAAGAUUGUGCUGGGAAUUCUAUAAUAAAAGUUGCGACUUGGUUUAUUAACCAUUUAUCUAAGUGCGACACAAAUAUUCGUUUCUUCAUAUUAACUGAGAGUGAAGAAUGGAUUAAAAAAUUUAAUUCUCAUUUUUCAUUUGUUUCAAAAUGUUUGAUUCUUAGUCCGUACGAAUAUGUUAACUAUGUUUCGAACGAAUACAUUAAUUCUGGUGAUAAACUUCCUUUUAAAAAAUCAUUAAUCGAGUAUGGAAAUCAACAAGAAAAUAAUUAUAUUUUCCCUGAAUAUGCUACAGACAAAGAAAUUAGUCUAGGAAUUGACAGAGGAUUUUUGUUUAAAGGGAUAUUACGUAUGAUUUCCAGGAAUAGAGGUGAAGUAGAAGUAUUAAAUAAAGAAAGAAAAAUGACUAUUAAUAUUAUUGGGCAUUUAAAUUUAAAUAGGUCUAUUGAUGGUGACUUUGUUGUCGUUAAACUGGAUGAAACAUUGAAUUGUGAUGAACAGAAUUUAAAGUCCCAUAUCAAAUCUAAAUUGGAACUUGAACAAAUAGAGGAUUUAGAAUGUAAUGAAGUAGCAGGAAUAGGAAGCAUUUUAUUAGGUGAUGACGAUUACGACGAAAAUUCAGCAUUGAACAUUCAAAACACUAAGAUUAAAAAUACUGAAACUGAAAAUUACAGUUCAAUAACUUUUUCUGAAGAUCCUAAUAUCACUGGGAGAAUCGUUGGUGUAUUAAAUCGGAAUUGGGGAGAAUAUUGUGGUUCAUUAAUUCCAAUUAGCUCAAGCGAUGAUCGAUUUAAUGUUUGUAACAACACUUCUACAAGGCAACAUCGAAUUUUCGUUCCUAUUGACCCAAAAAUACCAAGAAUUAUCAUUCAUACAAAACUCUCAUCUACCCUCGAGAACCAAAGACUAGUUGUAGUUAUCGAUGAAUGGGAAUGUUCAUCAUUUUACCCUACUGGACAUAUAGUUGGGAUAUUGGGUAAAGCCGGCAAUCUUGAAACAGAAACUUCCGUAAUUUUGCGUAUUAGAGAUAUCAAUUCAUCCGAAUUUUCUCCAUCUGUUUUAAAGUGUCUUCCAAAUCAUGGCAGAGGUAAUGAUUGGAAGCCAAAUGAAAUUGAUUUAAAAGACAGAGUUGAUUUGAGACAUAAAUUAGUUUUUUCUGUUGACCCACCCGGAUGUAAAGAUAUUGAUGACGCUUUAAGCAUUGAGUUAAUAAAACCUGAAUCUGAGAAUUCGGAGGAAAAUUGGUAUCAUGUUUCUGUUCAUAUUGCGGAUGUGACACAUUUUGUAAAACCUAACACUUCAAUAGAUGAUGAAGCAUCGAGAAGAUCAACAACUUGCUAUCUUGUAAACAAAAGGAUAGAUAUGCUCCCAGAAGAACUCACUACAAAUAUAUGUUCGUUAGUUGCAAAUAAAGAUAGGUUAUCUUUCACUUGUAAUUGGGAAAUAAAUGAAAAUGCAGAAAUUAGAAAUGUCUAUUUUAACAAAACAAUAAUCAAUUCAAAGUUUUCUUUUACAUAUCUUCAAGCACAAAAUAUUAUCGAUGACUCAUGUAACCAAUCGGAAGUAGCGAUAUCACUAAGAAGGUUAAUGAAAAUUUCUCAAGUUUUAAGGAAAAAUAGAAUAGCUCGUGGUGCAAUUGAACUUGCGUCUUCGGAAGUAAAAGUUGAUUAUGAAGAAUCAAGGAAUCUAUACCAAGAUUUAAAUAAUAUUCAAGAUUUAGAUAACGAGCAAAUUUCAUCAGUAGUUUUGAAUGUUAAGAGCGUCUCCUCAUAUAAUUAUCUGAAUACAAAUUCUAUGGUUGAAGAAUUUAUGUUAUUGGCAAAUGUUUCUGUUGCAAAACAAAUAAUAUCAACAUUUCCAAAUUGUUGUUUAUUAAGAAGGCAUCCUGAACCAAAGUACGACCAAUUGGAAAAGCUUAAGAAUGUAUUAUCAAAAGUUGGGAUCAACAAUUUCGUUUACGAAAAUUCUCUAAGCUUAUCUAAUAGUUUAAGAAAUAUUCUAGAUUCCGAAGUUGUAAAGGAAAAUCCUAUUAUCGGCAAACUAGUUCGGAUUAUGACAACACGUACAAUGAAUCAAGCAGUAUACUUUACAACUUGCAAAUCUGUAGAAGGAACAUUUCACUAUGGCCUUGCAGAAGAGUUAUACACUCACUUUACUUCUCCAAUAAGAAGAUAUGCUGAUAUUGUUGUUCACCGAUUACUUUCUGCUUCGAUUGGAUUGGAGCCUUUAAACGAAAUAAUGUUCAACAAAGACUACAUGUUUAAGUUAUCAAAUACACUUAAUAAAAAUAAAAGAAAUGCACAAAUGGCAGGUAGAGACUCAACAAAAUUAUUCAUUUACCUUUUUUGUAAACAAAAUGGUAAUCAAGAAACCGAAGGCAUUAUUAUUCAAGUAAGGGACGAUUCUUUGCUCAUUUUUGUACCCAAGUUUGGCUUUGAAGGUCUAGCUGCAAUUGACAAAAGCAAAUAUACGUUUGAUGCUGAUAUUCCUUGUCUGCGAAACCGAGAGAAAGAGACGGAUACUCUUAAAUUAUUUAGUAAAGUAAAGGUUUCUAUAUUUGCAUCAGACGAAUAUUUCCAAAAUAAAGUAAUAAUUAAUAUUAUUCCUGAUAAAUAA